AUGGCUACAGGAACUAUUGGCUCACUGGGAGCAUUUGAUGCAAAAGCUCAAACAUGGGAAGAAUAUUCCGAAGUACUGGAGCAAUUUUUCGUGGCUAAUGGAAUCGACGAUGAGGGUAAGCAAAGAGCUAUUCUUAUAAGUGUUGUGGGACCACAAACUUACAGUGUGAUGCGAAAUCUUCUCAGCCCUGUAAAACCAAGCGAAAGAACUUAUCAGCAGCUGGUAACGAUGCUAAGAAAUCAUUUCAACCCCCAGCCAAGUGAGAUUGUUCAGAGAUUUAAAUUUGACUCAAGAACAAAGAAGCCAACAGAGACCGUAACCGAAUAUGUUGCAGAGUUGCGUCGCUUGGCACAAGACUGUAAUUACGGAGCAACUUUAGACCAAAUGCUGAGGGAUCGGCUUGUUUGUGGCAUAGAUGAUGAUCGGAUUCAGAGACGUUUGCUUUCAGAAACAAACCUGACAUUUGAGACUGCUUUGAAAAUUGCAGUAGCCACAGAAGCCGCAAGCAAAAAUGUGCUAGACUUGCAACAUAAAUCCGGUGUACAGACAUGUAACAGCGUCAGGUUCAGAGCGAAGAAAACUGAUCACGGGAAAAAGGGAGAGACAGGUGAACAAAUAGACACCACGGACUGCUACAGGUGCGGGGGAAAAAACCACAAAGCCACUGAAUGCAGAUUUAAAAAGGACAAAUGUUAUGAGUGUGGGAAAAUAGGCCAUAUCGCCAGGGCCUGUCGCAACAAAAAUAAACAGAGGGGACACAUUGUAACUGGAAAAAGGGGAAAAAGAGUGCGUCCGCAUCGAGCAUUUAAUGUAAGUGAAAAUAAUGAGAGUGAUGAAUCAGAAGAAACAUUCACGUUGGCAUGUGUGACAGCUGAUGCGUUGAAGAAAGUGAAACCCCUCACUGUUGAGUUGAAUAUUGAUGACAAACUCUUGAACUUUGAAAUUGAUACAGGAUGUAGUGUCACUCUAAUGAACGAGGGAAUGUUCAGUGACAUUUGGAAAGAUUCGAAAGCUCCCAAGCUAAGACCCUCAAAAAUCAAGUUGAGAACUUAUACUGGAGAGCCAUUAGAAAUAGUGGGGGUGGCAGAUGUUCAUGUAAAAUACCAGCAGCAGGAAAAGGAAAUGCCUCUUGUCAUAGUUAAAGGAACAGGACCAUGCUUACUAGGCCGAACCUGGCUGGAAGAAAUCCAGUUGCAAUGGGGUGAAAUAAACCUGGUACUGUCUGAGAGGAUGACGGCACAGCAGGUGCUAUCCAGGCACGAGGAAGUGUUCAAAGAGGAGCUUGCGACCUUAAAGGGCACUACUGCUACUCUUCAUGUGCCGAAUGAUGCCUCACCAAGGUUUUAUAGACCAAGGUCAGUGCCAUAUGCCUUAAAAACAAAGGUGGAGGAAGAGAUUAAUCGUCUGCUGCGGGACAAGAUCAUCUCACCUGUUAAGUAUUCAGAGUGGGCAGCUCCUGUUGUUCCUAUCUUGAAACCGGAUGGGAGUAUAAGAUUAUGCGGUGACUACAAACUUACAGUCAACAGAGUGUCAACACUGGAACAAUAUCCAAUACCCAGAGUGGAAGAUCUUUUUGCUCUACUCGAUGGAGGAAAGCAGUUCACAAAACUGGACAUGAGUCACGCAUACCAACAAAUCAUCAUGGAUGAGGACUCCAAGAAAUACUUGACUGUGAAUACUCACAAAGGGUUAUUCACAUAUAAUCGUCUGCCUUUCGGAGUGGCUUCCGCUCCUGCCAUCUUUCAGAGAACAAUGGAGGGGUUGUUGCAAGGUAUUCCUGGAGUAGUUGUUUAUCUGGAUGAUAUACUGGUGACUGGAGUAAACCAAGACAGUCACCUGAGGACUCUAGAUGAAGUGUUGGCAAGGCUGAAAGAAGCUGGUUUGCGGCUAAAGCGGGGAAAAUGUGUGUUCCUGGCAGAUGAGGUGGAAUAUUUGGGUCACCGAGUAGAUGCACAGGGUCUACAUCCUACAGGAACUAAAGUGAAAGCCAUUGAGGAAGCACCGGAACCAAGGAAUGUUACAGAACUUAAGGCGUACCUGGGAUUGCUGAACUAUUAUAAUAAGUUCCUUCCCAAUCUAGCAACGCUACUAGCCCCACUUCAUCUGCUGCUGAGAAAAGAUGUUCAGUGGAUGUGGAAAAAGCCACAGAAAGAAGCUUUCCAGGAAUCUAAAGCUCUACUGAAAUCAGCAAGUGUGCUAGUGCACUAUUCAUCGGAUUCAGAACUCAUUCUUGCCUGUGAUGCCUCAGCCUACGGGGUGGGUGCCGUGCUCUCACAGCGCAGAAAAGGACAGAGUACGGAGAAACCUCUUGGGUUCAUGUCAAGAACAUUAACGACUGCAGAAAAGCGUUAUUCACAGUUAGACAAAGAAGGCUUAGCUGUGAUUUUUGGAAUCCAAAGAUUUCACAAGUACUUGUAUGGUCGUACAUUCACAAUUUGCACUGAUCAUAAGCCCUUGAUUAAUUUGUUCAAUGAAACAAAGGCCAUUCCUCAAAUGGGAUCACCCAGAGUGCAAAGGUGGGCUGUAAUGUUACAGGCAUAUCAGUACAACAUUGUGUACAAGCCAGGGAAGUACCACCAAAAUGCUGAUGCGCUAAGUAGACUCCCAAUACCAGGUGAGGGAGAACUGGAUGAUGCUAAUGAUCAAGUGCUGAUGAUGGAUUUAAUGGAUGACUCGCCUGUAAAUGCAGUACAAAUUCGGAGGUGGACAUCCCAUGACAUAACGCUCUCCAAGGUACAUGAGUACGUGUUAAAGGGUUGGCCUGAAGAAGUGGAGCCACCGCUGUCACCAUACUAUCAUAGGAGAGACUCGCUAAGUGUCAAAGAUGGAUGUGUGAUUUGGGGAGCAAGAAUCAUCAUACCAUCACAAGGUCGAGCAGCUGUAUUGAAACAGUUACAUCAGAACCAUUCCGGUAUGUCAAGAAUGAAGGGGUUGGCCCGAUCAUACAUGUGGUGGCCUGGUAUGGAUCAGGAUGUGGAGAAAGUGGUGCAGACAUGUGAGAUGUGUCAACGUUUCAAAAAGGCACCUGCUCAAGCUCCGUUGCACCCGUGGGAGUGGCCAGGCUCACCCUGGGAACGACUUGAUGUUGACUACGCAGGGCCCUUCUUAGGAAGGAUGUUUCUAGUUCUGGUAGAUUCCCAUUCCAAGUGGAUGGAAGUUUAUCCUACUAUGCAUGCAACUUCCCAAAUCACCAUUGAGAAACUGAGACUGUGUUUCAGUACACAUGGAUUACCUAAAAUGUUAGUGUCAGACAACGGAUCAUGCUUUACCAGUGAAGAGUUUGGAACUUUCAUGAAAAGAAACGGCAUUCAGCAUGUGCUGUCAGAUCCUUAUCAUCCUUCUUCGAACGGACUGGCGGAAAGGGCGGUUCAAACUUUCAAGGAGGGGAUGAAGAAGAUGAAAGGUGAGACAGUGGAGACAAGAGUAGCAAGAUUCUUGUUUAAUUACAGAAUCACUCCCUAUGCAACGACUGGGUUGUCACCUGCUCAGAUGUUAAUGUCACGGAAGUUGAGAUCUCCAUUUGACUUACUCCUUCCUGAUGUAAAGACCAAAAUUCUGAAAAAACAGCAGAAACAAAAAGAAGGUCAUGACAAGACCUGCAAACUCAGAAGUUUUGAAGUUGGAGAUUCAGUGUACGUGAGGAACUACAGUGGUGGACCAAAAUGGAUACCGGCCGUAGUGAAAAGUUGUACAGGACCUCUUUCAUACAAGACCGCUCUAGGGCAGGGACAAACUGUGAAGAGGCAUGUGGACCAAAUGAGAACUCGGAGUACAGAUGAGAUGUUCGAGACUGUACUACCCACAGAGAAAGAACAGGACGGAGGAACUACGGCAUUAUCGACUGCCGAUGUGGUCGAUGCACAUGCAGGGAAGGAGAUGUCUGUCCUGGAGAAGGCCCAAUCGCAUGAAGUGAUUGUUGUUGAGAAAUCAGAGAUUGCUGGAGGAACCCAACCUACAAAACCGAGAAGAUCUGCUAGAGAGAAACGUUCUCCAGCUCGCUUCAAAGACUAUGUUGCCUAG